AGUGUGUUUCCUUUCAGGAUCGCCCGUUUCUCCAACGUUUACCACCUCUCCAUCCACUUUCCAAAGAACUUUGGGGCAGAGACAACGAAGAUUUUUUACAUAGGCCUGAAAGGGGAGUGGACAGAGGCUCAUCGCCAUGAAGUCACCAUCUGCAAUUACGAAGCAGCAGCGAACCCAGCUGACCACAAGCUGGAACAAAUCACCCCCCAGACUCACUUCAUCUCCUAA